GCCACAGCCUCCGGUGAAAGGUGCAUACGUAUGCACUAUAUAGGGGAAAAUAAUUAGUGGAAUUUUUUUAAAAAUAAUGCUUAAAUUAUUUAGUAAAUCAGAUUUAAUUAUUAGAUCUGUCAAAUUUCAAACAAUAAUUGUAAAGCCAUCUUUUUCAAUAAUCAAAAGAAAUUUUCAAAAUUUAGAAAAUAAUUUAAGUAGAAUUCGGAACCAUAGAACAAUGAGUAGUAAUACAUCUUUAUACACCUUACCAAAUAAUCAACCAGUUGUUUAUUUGGAAUGUACAAAAGCAUUUGAUGCCUUAACUGACAGAGAGAAACUUUACGCUCACUAUUUAAGUCAGGCAGCCUGGAAUGGAAGUCUCAUUACAUUUAUACAAACUUCUCCGGAGUCACCACUGCUUUUUGCUCUUCUUCAUCAAGUUUUUUUGGCAGAAUCCAUUGAGAGUCUAAAGACAUCAUCGCUGGCUGCUGGUGUUUCUGAAGAUGAAUUCACUGCAUUUUUGGUUUUUGCAAACGGCUUCUUCUCGAAUGCUGGCAAUUACAAGUCUUUUGGCGAUAGUAAAAUAAUUCCUAACAUGUCGGAGAAGAAAUUCGUUGAUGUAAUUAAAUCAUCCGUCGCCUACAAGCAGGAAACCAAAAAUUUUCAAUCUAUUCUUGAUGCAAUAAAGGGCAUCGUCUUUUCAGUGGAAGGGAAAUUAAAGACUCUGGGCCUGGGAGAUAAAGGAAUCACGACCUAUUUUUCAUCCAAUUGUACAAUGGAAGAUGCAGAUUUAAUCAAUGAAUUCAUGCUGCACAAAGGCUUAGAAUCAUACAAUACCCGAUGCUUUAAAACAACAGAAAAUGGAGUUGCCUCUUAUGAAAUAAGAUUAGCAUCCAUAGAAGAGAGCAAUGAUAACAGUAUAACUUCAUCUGAAGAAACAUUCAAAAACUCGCAGUUCAAAAUUACGAGAGGAGACUAUAGUCAGUUGCUGGCGAUCGUAGUAAAAAAUCUCGAGAAAGCUAAAGCCUACGCUGCGAACAAUACGGAAAAAAGUAUGUUGGACAGAUAUAUUGCUCACUUCAGCAGCGGUUCCCUCGAAGAGCACAAAAAUGGUUCUAGAUUUUGGGUCAAGGAUAAAUCUCCAGUCAUAGAGACGUACAUUGGAUUUAUCGAGACUUACAGAGAUCCAGCUGGUCAACGUGGAGAGUUUGAAGGUUUCGUGGCGAUGGUUAAUAAAGAAAUGUCUAAGAAGUUUGCCGAUUUAGUGGACAAAGCAGAGCAAUAUUUACCGAGAUUACCAUGGGGUCGGGAUUUCGAAAAGGACGCGUUUCUGAGGCCUGACUUUACUUCCCUUGAUGUUUUAACGUUCGGUGGCUCGGGAAUUCCGGCGGGGAUAAAUAUUCCAAACUACGAUGAAAUUAAGCAAUCGGAAGGAUUUAAAAACGUCUCCUUGGGAAACGUGAUUCCGGCGAAUAUGAAACAGGACGUCAUGAUGUUUUUGACUGAUGAAGAUCAGACGCUGAUGCACAAACACCGAGUUCCAAGCUUCGAAGUUCAGGUUGGUCUCCACGAACUGCUUGGACAUGGGAGUGGGAAACUUUUGAAAAAAGACAAUGACGACACUUUCAAUUUCGAUCCAAGCACAGUCGUGAAUCCUCUCACUGGGAAGCCGAUUGACAAGUUUUACAUGAAAGGCGAAACCUACGACUCCAAGUUCGGCACUAUCAGUUCCAGCUACGAAGAGUGCAGAGCCGAGGCAGUUGGACUUUACCUGAGUCUGGACAAGGACGUUCUCGGUAUUUUCGGUCACUCGGGACCAGAAGCUGACGACAUAAUCUACGUGAAUUGGAUGUCACUGAUAUGGGCUGGGUGCGCAAAGGCUCUCGAGAUGUACGAACCCUCGACGAAGACUUGGCUGCAGGCGCACUCCCAGGCAAGAUACGUCCUCAUGAGGGUUUGCAUCGAGGCUGGAGAGAAUUUCGUCACCGUGGAAGAGACGGAACCGGGAAAGAACUUGAGUUUGAAAGUUGACAGAAGUAAGCUUAAUACAGUUGGCAGGAAAGCCGUUGGUGAAUUUCUGAAGAAACUUCAAAUUUACAAAAGUACUGGAGAUAUCGAGGAGGCGAAGAGAAUGUACGAUAAGUACAGCGAAGUACCUGAGGCUGGUCCUCAACCUUGGGCGAAAUGGAGAGACAUUGUUCUCGCCAAUAAGCAACCGAGAAAGAUUUUCGUCCAAUCGAACACGUGUGUUGACAAAAAUGACGAAACGAAAAUUGAUUUGAAGACUUACGAUGCCACUUUUGAUGGUUUCAUAAAAUCGUGGACGGAUAGAUUUCCUGAUCCUCAAGUUUCUCGUAUUUUGGUUGACCUUUGGAAUAAAGACGCACACUUUUUCAACAUGGAAACACUUAAAAACUGAAAAGACAAUCCAUCUUUUGUAUUAACUGUUUUAUACUUUACACACUGCACUAGCCCCUCAACAGCUGCAGGCGACAGUCUUCCUUGCUACCUCCUGCAUAUGCAAUUUUAUUUUUUUUUAUUGAAGUUCAUUGGUAAUAAAAAAGAUGAAUUACAGUGAAAACUA